AUGGCUGCAGCCUGGGAUUGUGUCCCUCUCAGGGAACUCCAGCGCUUCCUGAGAGACAAAGAACCCGGUGAUGCGGCCGGGAGGAGGACUAGGAGCAGACUCGUAGCCCGGCAGGCGGUGCGCGGUAGCGCGUUGUUGGCCCCGGUGUCCCGGCAACUGCGGAACGCGGCUCCGCGGGAGACGCAGGCGGCUGCAGCUUCAGUCCUCAGCGUUCGGCAGUUCGCCUGCCAGCUGUAUCUAUGUGUUUCAGGUACUAAACACAAUGGCUUUCUGGGAUCUAAUGAACACUUUGCCAGCACAACAUCCUCUGGCAGGAGGGUCACUCCUUCAUCUUUUGUUGAAACAGGUCUAAGCAUCAAUGAGUUUCCAGCCCUCCACAGAGUGUCUGCCCACCUAGACGCAGCUGCAGAUUUGGAGCUGAAAUCUUCCACCUCCUCACAUUCUGAUCGGUCCUCUGAAUCUCCAUUACCUGAGAUCCAAAUGGAUAAAUAUCCCGAGGACUUUAGCCUGCUUAAGUUGCAGACAAAAGAUGGGCAGCGACCUGAGUGGACAUUUUACCCGAGGUUUAGCAAUAAUAUCCACACCUACCAUGUUGGAAAGCAGUGCUUCUUUAACGGGGUCUUCCUUGGCAACAGGAGGUCUCUGUCAGAGAGGAUGGUGGACAAGUGCCUUGGGAGGAAGAAAUACGAUAUUGAUCCCAGGAAUGGAAUUCCAAAGUUAACUCCAGGGGAUAAUCCAUAUAUGUACCCAGAACAGAGUAAAGAUUUCUACAAAGCAGGAUCAACUCUUCCAUUAGUGAAGUUCUCAGUAGUGCCUUACGAAAAGAAAUUUGAUACAUUUAUUCCACUUGAGCCUCUUCCACCAAUUCCCAACUUGCCUUUCUGGGUAAAGGAGGAGGCCAACAAGCUGAAUAAUGAGAUAAGAGAAGUUGAAGAGCUUGACAAUUGGCAACCAUCGGUGCCCUUCCUAUCAAGUUUACUCCCUCCUGGUGGGUUAAAGAGCAUUCAAAAACUAACGUAAAAACUAGAGGCGAGACCCAAAGAGCAGACUUUUGAGAGGCUUCCAUCAAUGGAAAGAAGGCAAAAGGCUCUCCUGGAGUGGGAGUGGAUGGUGUCUAUUGCCACAGGCAGUGCUUUGGGCAGAUAUCAUGGCUCUGCAUCUCAGGUUGACUGUGUUGGUUGAGAACUGUUAGUCUUGCAAUGGAACACAGCCUUUAACUCCAUUCCUCUCUCCACAGGUUCUUUGGACUUUACAAAACAAUCCUGAGCAGAGACAGCCCACAGAGCAAGCGCUGAUGAGCCUCAUC